GCCCACCGAUGGGGAUUACAAGACACGUUCGACGAGCACAUGACCGAGAUGAUCAAGGUUUUAAUUGGCCGUGGUUUUGUUGUGUUCCUUGCUGAUCAAUGGAUCAAACAGCAGGAUCGCCCUCAUACUAAUUCCUGGCAUCCACAGAAGACGGAACAUAACCUGGUGCAGUUGACGCAGCAGUUCAUGCAUGCCGCUACCCUCAGGGACCUGAGCGCGUCUCCGCUAUCGCUGCCGACGCAGCCAUUCCCGUUCCGCCACCCGUCGAUCCAGCCCGUCAACGAAUACAAGGGCCGUGCCCAGGCGCGGGAG